AAAAAGUCUAUAAAUAACCGCUCUCUGCUUCAUCUUCCUCAUCAAAUUGUUCAAAGCUUGAUUUAAUUAGAACACUCUAAACCCCAAAAUCACAGAUUUUUUCGUUUUGAAUUGCAUUUUUAGACUACAUUUAUCUCGUCUUCUUCGUAAAAAUUUCUUAAUUUUAUACAUUUGAGGGGAUAUUUCAUAUUUGACAUAUGGCGAUGAGUUUAUCGCACCAAAUCGCUGCAAUUUCUGGAACUCCGUUAUCAGUUGAGAGUGGAACCGCUUCUGGAGAGGGACCAGCGAAGGCGUCGGUGGUUACGUCGGCCUUUUGGCAGACUCCGGCUACUAAUCUCCGAUGCGCGGUGAGGAAAUCGGGAGCUGAGGUGGACCGGAUGUCACCGUCUCCUCCGCGUAGCCCGAUGAGGGGCGGGAUGCGACAGGAUCUAUCCGCGGCUUGCCAAGCCCUGAUGGAGGCGCCGACGGCGGAUGCUAUGGAGAGGGAGUAUAAGAUGGGGGUUUUGGGGCGUGAGAAGGGGAAAGGCGUUCCUGUGUUCGUGAUGAUGCCGUUGGACUCGGUUAGGAUGGAUCACACGGUGAAUCGGAGGAAGGCGAUGAAUGCUAGUUUCCAGGCGUUGAAGAGCGCCGGAGUUGAAGGGGUGAUGAUGGACGUCUGGUGGGGGCUUGUGGAGAAAGACUCGCCAGGAGAGUACAACUGGGGAGGCUACGCCGAGAUUAUGGAAAUGGCUAAGAAGCAUGGCCUCAAGGUUCAAGCUGUCAUGUCCUUCCACCAGUGUGGCGGAAACGUCGGAGAUUCUUGCACGAUACCUCUUCCAAGGUGGGUUACGGAGGAGAUGGACAAAGACCCAGACCUCGCAUACACAGAUCAAUGGGGAAGGAGGAACUAUGAGUAUGUAUCACUUGGUUGUGAUACCCUUCCAGCUCUUAAAGGAAGAACACCAAUUCAGUGUUAUUCUGACUUCAUGAGAUCUUUUAGGGAUAAAUUUCAGGACAUGCUUGGUGACACCAUAGCGGAAAUUCAAGUUGGCAUGGGUCCUGCUGGAGAGCUCCGUUAUCCGUCGUAUCCUGAGCAAAAUGGGACAUGGAGAUUCCCUGGAAUUGGGGCUUUUCAGUGCUUUGAUAAGUAUAUGAUAAGCAGCUUGAAAGCCACAGCUGAAUCAGUAGGCAAGCCAGAAUGGGGACAUAAUGGCCCAACGGAUGCCGGCCACUACAACAACUGGCCAGAAGACACCAACUUUUUCCGUAAAGAGGGUGGUUGGACCACCCCUUACGGCGAAUUCUUCCUAUCUUGGUACUCGCAGAUGCUUCUUGAUCACGGUGAUCGGAUACUUCGGGCGGCCAAAUCCAUUUUCGACAUCAACAGCGUCAAGAUAUCAGUGAAGGUUGCGGGAAUCCACUGGCAUUAUGGGACUCGGUCUCACGCCCCAGAGCUUACAGCCGGAUAUUACAACACCCGCUUCCGAGACGGGUACCUGCCGAUCGCCCAAAUGCUGGCCCGUCACGGUGCAAUCUUCAACUUCACAUGCAUCGAGAUGCGGGAUCACGAGCAACCCCAGGACGCGCAGUGCGCUCCAGAGAAACUGGUGAGGCAAGUGGCUCUGGCAACCCAAGAGGCGGAUGUUCCGCUUGCUGGGGAGAACGCUCUGCCUCGAUUCGACGGGUAUGCGCACGAGCAGAUAUUGAGGACUUCGGCAUUGAGCGAUGAUGGGGAAAUGUGUGCCUUUACGUACUUGAGGAUGAACCCGGAGUUGUUCCAGGCGGAUAACUGGAGGAGGUUUGUGGCCUUCGUGAAGAAGAUGAAGGAAGGGAAGGGUGCGGAUAAGUGCUGGGAGGAAGUGGAACGUGAAGCGGAGCGCUUUGUGCAUGUGACUCGGCCGCUGGUGCAAGAAGCCGCCCUGAUGCAUUAAGAGCCCGGUUGAGCCGGUAGGCUUGUCAUUGCCGGCCACUGUCGCUGUUGCUUUACUGAAAUGCUCUGUGAUGUAUAAUAAUAAUAUGAUUACCACGGGGUAUAUUAUAGUGCAAGCAAUGGAAGAGGAAUGUCUCUUCCUUUUACGUACUAAGUUUUUAUAUCAAGGAAACUUUUAGAUCCUUAUAUCAUUUGUACCACUAGAAUCAAAUCUAGCUAUUGUAUUGUGUUGUUUCAAAUUUAUACAUUAUCAUCUUCUCUUUUCACCAUAGAAGGACAAGAUAUUUUGUGAAGAUACCAGAAUUAGACAAUCUAUAAAGACAUUUAUGUGAUUGUUAACAAA